UUUCUGGAUAUUUUUUUAACAUUUCUGGUUCUUUAAACGACGUUUUUCUCUCUCUCUCUCUCUCGUGCGGGUGUGUAUGUAAUCAUCUAUAUGAAAUUUUUGUUUGUUGCUGCUGCUGCUAAUGUUUGUCGCGCAAAAAAAAAGUCAUGAAAAAGAAUUCGAUAAGAAACUUCGUCUAUCUUAACGAACAAUCGAGCUCAAAAACCUAAGAGCCGCACGAUCGAAUAGCGCUCGUUGUAUGUUGACCGUAAAUAAAAUGUCACAAAUCACCACUGAUUAUUGCCCAUUAAAAAAUGUGUUCAUAUUCAAAGAAGCAACCAGAAAGAGGAAAACAACUAGUCAAUGCAUGCUGUCUGUCUCUUUCACAACAACGGUGCAUAUAUCCAAUGCGUUGAUAAUGCGCAUGAGCCACAAUUUCCAAAAGAAAUGUAUUUAUGAUUUUUCUCGUUCGUUCCGUCGAUGUCAAUUCUCUCUCGUGCACCGUCUCGUCUUUUUUGUUCACAGUUCCAUAACGAUUGUUAUUAUCGUUCUUCGUUUUGUUCCUGAAAGGGAAAAAAAAACAACAAAAAACAUUUUAUUUUAAGAGCAUUCGAUUGACAUUUUAUUAGUAUUGUCCCGUUCUGCUCUCGCACGCACACACAAUACCAUAGAGCAUGUAUUAGCAGCGCUCAAAUUAAAGCAUAUCUAGACAUAUCACAAAACAUUCAAGUGGACGCUGAGAGAUCAAGAAGACAAGCAAACGAAUGAACGAACGAGAGAAGAGAAAAUACACACAACAAAAAUAAUAAAAGCCACAAACGUCAUUUAUUGAAUAAAAUCCAUCCGCAGAAUACAGGCAGUAUUCAGUGAUUGUUUGGAGUGUUUUGUAUCAAGUAAUAGAUAGACAGUGUUUUAGUUUUGCUUACGAUACACCCCAACAACAAAAAAUUGUCUUCUUUAGUCGAGAAAAAACAGCAAACAAACUGUGUUAGUGGGUGAAUAAUCAAUAGACAAUACUCGAAAUGAAUGCUCAACUCUUUCGCAUAAUCAGCCGUUUGCCACCACGAAUUUUGCAUCGGUAUUAUGGAACUGCAUUGGUUGAACCGUACGAUGGACCAAGUGUGAAAACGGCUAUUCCUGGACCAAAAUCAAAAGCGUUGCUAGGCAAAUUGAAUUCGUUACAGAAUGCUGGAUCGGUUCAAUUGUUCGCUGAUUACGAUAAAUCGCAAGGAAAUUACUUGGUUGACGUUGAUGGCAAUGUUCUACUUGACAUUUACACACAAAUCUCAUCGGUUCCAUUGGGCUACAAUCAUCCAGAGCUGUUGAAUGUAUUCAAUAAUGAACAUAAUCUGAAAACGUUGGUAAAUCGUCCAGCACUCGGUGUGUUCCCAGGUGAAGAUUGGCCGAAUCGCUUGCAAUCGGUGCUAAUGUCGGUGGCUCCAAAAGGUUUGCCAAAUAUAACAACGAUGAUGUGCGGCUCAUGCUCAAAUGAGAAUGCGUUUAAGAAUAUGUUCAUUUGGUAUCGAAAAACGCAACGUGGUGAAAAUGUCCCUUUCACAGCAGCCGAACAGGAAUCGUGCAUGGUAAAUGCAGCACCAGGUUCACCUGAUUUAUGCAUUCUCUCAUUCAAAGGAGCAUUUCAUGGGCGAACAAUUGGUGCAUUGGCCACAACACAUUCCAAGUACAUUCACAAGAUUGAUAUUCCGUCGUUCGACUGGCCAAUCGCAUCAUUCCCACAGUACAAAUACCCACUCGAAGAGAAUGUACGCGAAAACAAAGCCGAAGACGAUCGAUGCUUGGCUGAAGUUGAAGACCUCAUCGUGACGUACAAUAAAAAGGGUAAAUACGUGGCUGGCAUGAUUGUUGAACCAAUUCAAAGUGAAGGUGGUGACAACGAAGCUUCACCCGAAUUUUUCCAAAAAUUGCAACGCAUUGGCAAGAAGCACGGCGUUGGAUUGCUUAUUGAUGAAGUACAAACGGGUGGUGGACCAACUGGUAAACUGUGGGCACAUGAACAUUUCAAUUUGGACUCAUCGCCUGACAUUGUAACGUUUAGCAAGAAAAUGCAAUUGGGCGGCUAUUAUCAUUCGGCCGAUUUUAAACCAACACAAGCAUAUCGGGUGUUUAACACAUGGAUGGGUGAUCCAGGCAAACUGUUGCUGUUGGAAGCCAUUUUGAAUGUUAUCAAACGUGAUGGUCUGUUAGAGAAUGUUACGCAUGUGGGCGAUAAAUUGAAAAAGGGGCUGAUUCAAGCACAAAACGACUAUCCAGCUUUGCUCAACUCGGCACGUGGCCGUGGCACAUUCUUGGCUAUUAAUUGCCAAUCGUCGGAACUUCGUGAUGAUAUCAUCAACCGUUUGAAGACGAAAGGUAUUCAAGCCGGUGGUUGCGGUGACAAAGCCAUUCGUUUCCGGCCAGCGCUCGUAUUCCAAGAGAAACAUGCCGAUAUUUUCUUCGAUAAAUUUAAUCAAGUUCUCAAAGAAACGAAAUAAACGAGAGAUUCCAGAGUCAGGCGCUUUUACACAGCGACAGUAUUUGGCCAUAUGAUUUGAUUUUCAAAGCAGCAACAGCACAAUAAUCUAUCAAGAAAAAACGCAACAUUUGUCUUGUCUUGUCUUGUCUUCCAUAAAAUAUUUUACCGCAAAGAAAUAAAAUGACACAAUAUAUCAAAGCAAAAGUUCAACUAAAAUA